UGUGUGUGAAUAGCAAUAACCUUUUUUGUGAGUGCAGCAGCUGAGCAGUAAUAGAUAUGCAGCUAACUUGUGGUUUGCUGUAAAUUAGAUAGGCGGAGUUCAAAACGACGUUUAACUAAGCAAUGAUAGUAUAAACCCGUCGUAAAUGGGUUUAUUAUCACGUCAUCAGUCGGCAAUUUUCUUCAGUCAGCCUACAACUGCGAAUGGAUUAUACAGAUUUGCUUUUUUAGCUCAGCCUUGCGACGCCCUGUCCGCAGCCAUAGACAAUCAGGACAUUUUGACUUUCGAGGAGACCUCGAUCGGCCAGUGCAAUGGCAGUGUUCAGUCCACAAGUGCUUCUGGCAGUAACAAGAUCAAGGGGGUCUUACCUACUGUCUAAGAGGCACAGCUGCUGCUCCCUCCCCUCUGCCUACGUCCACUACCAACUGGACCCUCCAAGCCGCCUGUCACCCCUACACUCCCUCAAGCACUCCAGAAUGGGCUACCCUCACUCUGUCCGGCUCCACGGCUCCAGAACCCACAGCAAUUCCCUGCUGUCCAGGUCUCUGCACAGCUCCUGUGUCUGGCUUCAGGACACCAAGACUCCCAAUACUCCAGCCCAGGUUGACCCCCCAGCAACUCCCAAGAAUGCCCUCUCAGAUCCUGCCCCCCUGCCUCCAGUCCCUGCUCCCUCUUCUACAACCACUGUAGCAGCCGCUGACCCCCCGGGUCAGUUGGUAAAGAAGUCUAUUGGCCAGAGGAUAGUGGAGGAGCUGAAACACUACUACAAUGGCUUCAGACUUCUUGGGAUCGAUAUCAAGAUUGCAGGGAGGAUGGUGUGGCGACUGCUACAUGGACAACUUCUCUCACGCAGAGAGAGGAGACGGCUGAUGAGGACGUGCGCUGACCUGUUCCGCCUGGUGCCCUUCGUGGUGUUCAUCAUCGUCCCCUUCAUGGAGUUCCUGCUUCCUGUCUUCCUGAAGCUCUUCCCUGAGAUGCUUCCCUCCACCUUUGAGACUGAGACCAAAAAGGAGGAGAAGCAGAAGAAGGGUUUAGCGGCUAAGCUGGAGCUGGCUAAGUUUCUUCAGGAGACCAUAGCAGAAAUGGCCAGGAGGAACAAGACCAAGGCUCUUGCUGAGGAUGAGACCCAGCGCUUUUCCACCUACGUACAAAAGGUGCGUCACACAGGAGAGCAGCCCACCACUAAGGACAUUGUCAAGUUCUCCAAGCUGUUCGAAGACGAAUUAACACUGGAGCAUCUAGAGCGCCCCCAGCUGGUGGCCCUGUGUAAACUGCUGGAGCUUCAGCCCAUUGGAACCAAUAACCUGCUGCGCUUCCAGCUCAUGAUGCAGCUGAGAAACAUCAAAGCAGAUGACGAGGUGAUAGCCACUGAGGGUGUACCUGCUAUGAGUGUGUCCGAGCUGCAGGCGGCGUGUCGCAGCAGAGGGAUGAGGUCACUGGGUCUGACCACUGACCAGCUACGCCAGCAGAUGCAACAGUGGUUGGACCUACACUUGAAGGAGAACGUUCCUCCCUCUCUGCUGCUGCUGUCCAGAGCUAUGUACCUGACGGACCUCAAACCUGUCAUACCCGUCAUACCCCCUGUACCUAAACUAGAGAAAGCCACUCCUCCAACUGAGAUCCCUCAAGGAACCGACAUACUAGUGGACCCAGCUGUGGUGAUUACAGACAGGCCGGCGGAAGAGGUUAAAGACCAGGCUGGCGUCGUCUCAGACAAGCCUCCCACUGCUGCCCAGGUUAUCCAGGCUAAAGCAGCAGAGGCAUCCCAGAAGAGCAAGAUGAGUGCCAACGGGGUGUGAGGUGUAGGGGCCACUGAGCAGGACUGAAAGGGAUGGGGCUUCAGGGUGUGAAAGGUUCAGCUUAUCGACAAAAGGAAUCAGUCCACCCCUUUGGUCCUUCUACCAACUUAAGAGUGGCCGAAGUCAGUCAUCCUCCUUGUCCAUCCAACAGAGCUGGACAUUGUCAUUCAGAAAGAGGUCCUAAGCUCAUCAUAAGACCAUCAAAUGUGAUGAUAUGUUCAUCAGACCUCUCUCCUCCAGACACAGCUGGAAUGAGGCUGUUGGCAGGUGUUUUUAAAAGAGGAUUCGUUACCUGUCUGGUACCUGUGUGGUUCUUGGCAGUUCAUGCACUCCAUCCAUUUUGAGUUUUGCACUCAAAGGCUAACAUAUGGCAGGGUUGGCAAUCUGCUUCCCACAGGCUUAUAUUUUUUGGACCUCCACAUUUUUUUUAAUUUACAGGAGAAUUCUAAAAUCGCUAGUAAUUCAGCACCAUUUUUGUUUUAAUUUAGGAGAUGUGUUCCUAAAUAUUACCAGAAAUAGAAUAAGGGACAUUGUAUCAGUGCAGUCAGGUUUGUAUUAAUUUAUUUUUUGGGUUCAGUUGUGUACUCAUUUGCAGUGUACAAAUUUGCAGUGUACAAAAGAUUUUGGGGAAUGUUGCCCCCCCCCCCCCCCAUUAUCUGCUAUGACAAAAAAUGCUGUGUGAGUUAAUCUGGUUGCCUAUCCCUGAUGUCAGUUACUGUAACAUAAACACAGAAACAUCCCUUGACUGGGAUCACCUUUCACCGUUACUCUAUGAUGUAACAAAUGAGUAUGACCUUGAAGAGUAUAGACAGUCUCUCAAGGCAUUUAGCCCAGUAAUGUGGUUGGUGGGUCUGGUGAAACUUUAGUCUGAUUCACCUUAGGUGGUAUUUAGAGCUGUUGUGGUCUCACUAUCAUCAGGCACAGAAGCUGAUUCAACUUUACUAGACACACCACAAAGACGCCAAGCACUGGAUCCCACAGUGUUACAGGUUACCUGCUGGGUGUUGACUAAUGGAGGCAACUGAACAACUAUUCACUGUCAAGAGUUAGAGACAAAUGGCUUCCAGAUCUGGGUCAGACUAAAGUAGUCCACCACCGGUUCACCUGUAUAUUUGUAAAUACCUUGUACAUUGUUGUCAGUGUCUGGCAGAUAACAGACAUCUGACUGUACAGUUCAUGGCCAAUCCCUCAAGCUCUCCACUAGUUGUAUGAGUUUUUGCCCACCUUUUUAUGAAGUAUAUUUUUGUGUGAAGACCUAGCUAAGACUUAUCAACUCUACAUUAUCUUGCUGUUAUGCCCUAAAGUUACUUUUCUCAUCACUCUCGUUACCAGAAAGUAAUUGUUUACCUCUAAAUGUUCUUUGCUGAUAGGGAUAUAAACAGUUGUGUAUAGAAAAAGGCAGAUUGUCCAACUACUUGUCAUGGUCGUUAGUGUCAUUGCAUUUAGUUACACCAGAAAAUGUAAUGUGGUGUUCAUGCAAAUUUGUUGGAGUGUGAUUUCGGACAGUGUUCAAAAUAAUUUUUAAAUGUGAUUUGUAAAGAGCUUGAGAGAUGGGCCCUAUUUGAUCAUGAAAUUACUAGUACUUACCCUGCUUACAUAUGAUGUUAACUUGUUUCCAAUAAGGUUCUUGGAAGAUUUACCACAUAAAUGUCUACUGUACAUGCUU